AUGAAUCAAAAUAAUUCAAAUGAACAACAGAAUGAUAAUUUAGAAACUGAAAACAAAGAAAUGAGUAAUUUUGAAAGAUCAAUAUAUUUAAUAGAAAGAAACUUACAAGAAAUAACACCACAAGAUAAAAUCAAUCUAAGAAAGAUUGUAAUGGAGCGACCAUUAGUUAUCUACUGGGGAACAGCUAUCACUAAUCCGUUACAUGUAGCAUAUUUAAUACCAAUGAUGAAGAUAAGAGACUUUCUUUUAGCUGGUUGUGAAGUUAAAAUACUAUUUGCUGAUAUUCAUGGAUUUCUAGACAAUCUUAAAGCAACUCCUGAACAAGUUAAGAAAAGAUAUCUUUAUUAUGAGAAGAUAAUUAAAACAGUAUUAAGUCAAGUAGUAGAUUUAGAAAAGGCUAAUCUUAAAUUUAUUAGAGGAUCAGAAUUUCAACUUUCUAAUGAAUACAGCUAUGAUCUUUUAAAGCUCUCGACUUUAACUUCUAUUAGAGAUCUUAAAAGAGCAGGUGCAGAUGUUGUUAAACAAUCUGAGAAUCCAAUGAUAAGCUCUUUAAUAUACCCCAAUAUGCAGGCAUUAGAUGAAGAAUAUUUAAAAGUAGAUGCACAAUUUGGAGGGGUUGAUCAAAGAAAAAUCUUCAUGCAUGCUAAAACCUUUUUACCAAAAAUUGGUUACAAAAAAAGACUUCAUUUAAUGAAUCCAAUGAUGCCUGGAUUGAAUUCAGAAAAAAUGUCUUCAUCAGAAGAUUCAUCAAAAAUAGACUUUCUUGAUUCGGAUAAAAUAAUUAUCAAAAAGAUAAACAAAAUAUUUUGUGAAGAAGCUAAUAUUGUGACUAAUGGAAUUUUAACCGUUUUCAAGUAUUUAUUGUUUAAAUUCUUUGAGGGUAGAAAAAUUUUGGGAUGUGAAACAUACUCAGAUUUAGAAAAGAGUUUUUCUGAAAUGAAAAUACAUCCAAAGGAUCUUAAAAUUGAAUGUUCAAAACUUUUAAUUGAAAUUGUUAAACCAAUUAGAGAAGAAAUGUUGACUUGUCCUGAACUAGUGAAAGAUGCUUAUAACAGAAAAUAA